GGCUUUCAUCAGCUGUUGGUGAUGCGUUGGGACAGACAACUGAGUAAAGAGGUGUUGGGAUCGUGGUUCGAUCUGAUGAACGCCAAUGGCUGGAUUGCACGAGAGCAGGUACUUGGUGAAGAAGCACGUAGCAAGAUACCACCGGAAUACAUUACACAGAAGGACAACCGAGCAAACCCUCCUACCUUCUUUGUGGCUAUUGACGAGUUUGUCAGCGCGAUCGACCAGGUAUGGGGCAAUCAAAACCAGUUGCUGUUAAUAGAAUAA